UCAUAGAGAUCUGCAAUAGGUGUUGUAAAUCUGAUUUGGAGUCCGGUGGGGUAUUAUUUUGUGUAACACACACCCUCAUUACCAGUAGUCUCUGCUAUUUCUUUUUUCUUCCACAUGCACUCUUUAAACAGCCUCAACACAUACAGAUAUACACUUACACAUACUCUCUAUCUGUCUCUUUUUAUAUACAUUUAUAGUAAAAUAUCAACUAAGCAGAUCAACUUACAUCUAUUUUAUACUCUUGCUCCACUUUCUGCUCAUCAAUCUCCCUUUUCUUACUUUUUUCAAUGAAUGCCUUGUACAACACCUGUUUCCUGUUGCUCUAGUUCAACACCUAAAACUAAAACCACACAACAGAGGGAGAGAGAGAGAGAGGGUGAGAGAGAGAGAGAGAGAGAGGGAGAUGAAAUGCAGAAUGAUUUGAUAUGGUAUGACUUCAGAUGUUAGUAGUACAACAGUUGCUCAAGCUCACAGGGACAUUUACCAGGCCGUUACUGCUCUAAAGAAAGGAGCCUAUUUGCUUAAAUACGGAAGAAGGGGGAAGCCCAAGUUUUGUCCAUUCAGGCUUGCCAAUGACGGAUCUGUACUAAUAUGGUUUUCGGGUAAAGAGGAGAAACACCUUAAACUAUGUCAUGUGUCCCAAAUCAUCUCAGGGCAACGCACUCCAAUAUUUCAGAGGUAUCCACGACCCGAGAAAGAGUAUCAGUCGUUCUCAUUAAUAUACAAUGACAGGUCACUUGAUUUGAUUUGCAAGGAUAAAGAUGAAGCUGAGUUAUGGUUUAGUGGUCUAAAAGCAUUAAUAUCAUGUGGUCGUCAAAGAAAGUUCAGAACCGAAUCAAGGAGUGAUGGUAUCCCAUCUGGAGCUAGUAGUCCUAGAACAUACACUGCAACAAGCUCCCCUCUAAUUUCUCCAGCUUAUAGUAUUGAGAGCUUGCAAAAGGAUAGUGAGGAGCAGCACCGACUUCAUACUCCAUAUGACAAUGCUACUAAAACUGAUGCAUUUUCAGAUAUGAUUAAAUAUGAUGUGCCGCCUAAAGGUUCUUUUCUACCAUAUUCUGCUAGCGCAUCUGUCCAUUCUUUAUCGUCAGGAAACUCAGAUGGGAUUUACAGUCAAGUGAAAGGAAUUGGGAUGGAUGCUUAUAGAAUAAGCUUAUCUAGUGCAGUUAGUUCUUCAAGCCAAGGGUCUGGUCACGAUGAUGAUAAUUCCUUGGGUGAUGUUUUUAUUUGGGGGGAAUGCACUGGUGAUGGGGUUGUUGGUGGGGGACCUCACAAAGUAGGGAAAUCUUGUGGCGCCAACGUGGAUUCUUUACUGCCCAAAGUGUUAGAAUCCGCAGUGGUACUUGAUGUUCAAAAUAUAGCUUGUGGUGGACGACAUGCUGCUUUUGUAACCAAGCAAGGAGAGAUAUUUUCCUGGGGUGAGGAAAGAGGAGGCAGGCUAGGCCAUGGUGUAGAUUCUGAUGUUCUGCAUCCAAAGCUUAUUGAAGCCCUUGGUGCUACAAACAUUGAGCUUGUGGCAUGUGGUGAGUACCAUACAUGUGCUGUAACACUUUCUGGUGAUCUGUACACAUGGGGAGAUGGCCAUUUUGGUCUUCUUGGUCAUGGGAAUGAAGUAAGCCAUUGUGUCCCAAAGAAGGUACUUGGACCAUUGGAGGGUAUCCAUGUUUCAUCAGUCUCGUGUGGUCCCUGGCAUACUGCUGUAGUGACCUCUGCUGGACAAUUAUUUACUUUUGGUGAUGGAACAUUUGGUGUUUUAGGGCACAGAGAUCGUAUUAGUGUCUCAAAACCCAGAGAGGUCGAGUCUCUUAAAGGGCGUCGUACAGUGCGAGCAGCUUGUGGUGUAUGGCAUACUGCUGCCGUCAUAGAAGUCAUGGUUGGUAAUUCAAGUUCUAGCAAUUGUUCUUCAGGAAAUUUAUUUACAUGGGGAGACGGGGAUAAAGGUCGGCUUGGCCAUGGUGACAAGGAAGCUAAACUUGUUCCAACUUGUGUUACCACUCUUGUCAAAUCCAACUUUUGCCAAGUUGCCUGCGGUUAUAGCUUCACAGUUGCCCUUACAACCUCAGGUCAUGUCUAUACCAUGGGCAGUCCUGUUUAUGGACAGCUAGGUAAUCCUCAAGCUGAUGGGAAGCUUCCGUCUCGUGUUGAAGGAAAACUUUCCAAUAAUUUCGUAGAAGAGAUAGCUUGUGGUGCCCAUCAUGUUGCAGUCUUAACUUCAAGAACUGAAGUUUACACAUGGGGCAAGGGUACAAAAGGUCAAUUGGGUCAUGGAGACACAGAUGACCGAACUUCUCCAAACCACGUUGAAGCUUUAAAAGACAAGCAAGUAAAAAGUGUUGCCUGUGGUACUAAUUUCACCGCUGCUAUCUGCCUUCAUAAGUGGGUUUCAGGGAUAGAUCAGUCUAUGUGUUCGGGAUGCCGUCUACCGUUUAAUUUCAAAAGAAAGCGUCACAAUUGUUAUAACUGUGGGCUUGUUUUUUGUCAUUCAUGCAGCAGCAGGAAGUCACUCAGGGCCUCUAUGGCACCAAAUCCUGACAGACCAUAUCGGGUAUGCGAUAGUUGUUCGGGUAAACUAAAAAGCACGAUUGAAGCUGACGCACAAUCUAACCCUUCUAUAAGUAGGCGAGGAAAUAGGAAUCCAGGGUUUGGCAAUGCAAGUGGAAAGGACGAGAAGUUUGAAUCCCGUUCUCUUUCCAAUCUUGCCAGAUUUUCCUCUACAGAAUCCUUGAAGCAAAAUGAAUCCCGUAUUACCAAGAGAAAGAAGAACUUAGAGUUUGCUACCAGUCGCGUGUCUCCUGUUUCAAACAAUGUUUCACAGUGGGGUGGCCUUAAUGUCUCAAAAGCUUUUAAUCCAGUAUUUGGAUCAUCCAAGAAAUAUUUUUCAGCUUCUGUUCCUGGAUCAAGAAUCGUUUCUCGAGCAACAUCACCAGUAUCGAGACGGCCCAGUCCACCUCGUUCUACAACACCUCCUCCAACUCUUGGGGGGCUUGUUUCGCCAAUAAUGGUUUCCAAUGAAGCUAAAGAGACAAAUGCUCACAUCAGCCAAGAAAUCAUCAAACUAAGAGGGCAGGUGGAAACUCUAACACGAAAAGCACAAUUUCAAGAGGCAGAGCUUAAAAAAACUACUAAACAGUUAUUGGAGGCGGUAGCAGUUGCCGGGGAAGAGACUGCUAAAUGCAAAGCAGCAAAAGAAGUGAUCAAGUCACUAACUGCUCAACUUAAGGACAUGGCUGAAAGACUGCCUGUUGGAGCAUCCCGGAACAUAUAUUCUCCUCCAGCCACUUCACAUUGCUUAUAUUCUGCUUCCAGUGAUGUUUCAAAUGCUUCAUUUGAUCAGUUAAAUGGUCAAGUUGCAUGCCAGAAAUCAGAAUCAUAUAUAUCAAACAGAACCAUGUUAUCUGAUGGAUUAGACAGCCAAUUUAUAUCCAACGGGUCAACCAGUUUUUUUCUGCAAAAUGGACCUAACAGCCAGUUACCCAGUGGUGCAAGAACUAUCAGUGAUCACAGUUCCAGUCACAACAGACCCGGUUAUUCAGAAUCAACAAAUGGAAACAGAAGAUCUGAUUAUCAAAAUGAUAUCGAGGGGGUUGAACAAGAUGAGCCUGGGGUUUACAUUACUCUUACCUCCUUACCUGGAGGCAUAAAAGAUCUUAAGCGUGUUCGCUUCAGUCGGAAGCGCUUUAGUGAAAAACAAGCAGAACAAUGGUGGGCGGAGAAUAGAGUCAGAGUGUAUGAACAGUACAAUAUUCGCAUGGUGGAUAAACCUAGUGUUGGUGUCGGGACUGACGACUUCACCUAGCGUGAGAGGAUCCUAUGUAUAUAAAAUGUCCCUUACAUUUUUCUUUGACGUGGUGCAAUGACAGAAUCAUCUGUCUGCAUUUUUGGCUUCCAUUAUUGGAAGGUUGGAAGAAUAAGUUACUGUCAGAGAGAUGAGUAUAGGCUUGAUUUUUUUCUUAUUGGUGUUUCCGCAUAUCUCCUGCUCAUUAUGUCUGCUGCAUGGUUUUAGUUUCUUAUUCUCUUUGGGCAUGCUUUCUUGCGAACAUGCGGAGAAAGUUAAGGGUGAGAUCACUGAGAUCUGUAAAACGAUAAAAUCCAGACCAGCUUGCUUGUUCUUGAUGAAUGCUGCUGCUGCUAUGUAUAUAAGCAUUUGCUGUUGUUGCUCAUAUAUCUUAAUUUUGUCCCUCUUUGUCCUCCAUAUUCUUUCACCAAUUUAAGAGUGGUAGUUGUGGUUAGAAAUGUAAAUUUACCGGCUCAAGAUAGAAGAGUAAAUAUGGCUUGUUUAUGGCGUCCUGAGAGAGCCACCCCCA